AUGAGUCUCCCCACCGUUGAGGAGGUUCAGACGGCGAUUUUGAAGGCGCUCGAUGCGUCGCCCGACGGAAAGAUCAACGACACCCGCACGCUCGUCGUGAACGGCAAGGAGCUCGGCGAAAAUGGACAGACGCUGGUCAAGGCGGCCCUCGACUCGCUGCAGACCAAGGACGAGCAGAUCACGGAGACAGUCUACGGCCUGACGGAGGAGGGAGCGCAGAUCGCGAAGGAGGGAUCGCACGAGUACCGCGUGUGGGAGGCGCUGCCGCCGAAGGGUGGAGCUGCCGUCUCGAUCCCGGAUCUGAAGAAGGCGCUCAGCGACGACGUUGUCAAGAUCGGCCAGGGCCGUGCGUUCAAGAACAAGUGGAUCGCGAAGGACGGUGCUGGUUUCGUUCGUGCCGUGGACAGCGUGCAGGACGAGACGGCGGCGCAGCUCAAGAACCUGACGUCGCUGGCCGAGAAGGACCUGAAGGAGUUCCAGAAGCGCAAGCUUCUGAUUCACUACAAGGCCGGCAAGGGCAAGGAGUUCGCGCUCGAGGUCAAGACGUACGAGACGGACCUGACUGUCGACAUGCUCCAGAGCGGCGCGUGGAAGGACGCGAGCUUCAAGCAGUACAACUUUGCCGCCAUGGGCGAGCAGCCGAACGGAGGCGCCCUCCACCCCCUCCUCAAGGUGCGCGAGGAGUUCCGCCAGAUCUUCUUCGACCUUGGCUUCACCGAGAUGCCGACGGACCACUUCGUCGAGUCCGCCUUCUGGAACUUCGACGCUAUGUUCGUCCCGCAGCAGCACCCCGCGCGUGAGCUGCAGGACACCUUCUACGUUGCCGACCCCGUCAAGGCGGACAUCCCGGACGAGCCGUACUACGAGCGGGUCGCCAAGACGCACGAGGUGGGCGGCUACGGCUCGAUCGGCUACCGCGCGCCCUUCUCGCGCCUGGAGAGCGAGAAGCUGCUGCUCCGCACGCACACGACGUCAGUGUCGACUGCGAUGCUGUACAAGAUUGCAAACCAGCCCGGCGGCUUCAAGCCCGCCAAGCUCUUCUCCAUCGACCGCGUGUUCCGUAACGAGGCGACGGACGCGACGCAUCUCGCCGAGUUCCACCAGGUCGAGGGUGUCGUUGCCGACUAUGACAUUACGCUGGGACACCUUAUUGGCUUCAUGAAGGAGUUCUUCGCCAAGACGGGCAACCACAAGCUCCGCUUCAAGCCCGCGUUCAACCCCUACACCGAGCCGUCCAUGGAGGUCUUCUCCUGGCACGAGGGUCUCGGCAAGUGGAUUGAGAUUGCCAAUUCCGGUGUCUUCCGUCCUGAGAUGCUCGAGCCGAUGGGCCUCCCGAAGGGCGUGCGCGUCCUCGGCUGGGGCAUGUCACUAGAGCGCCCGACCAUGAUCAAGUACAAGAUCCAGGACAUUCGCACGCUCGUCGGACACAAGACGGACCUCGCGGGCGUCAAGAGCGCCGCGGCCGUGCGUCUCGACAAGGGCGAUGACUAG